AUGGAUCUCCUGGGGCUGAGGAGGCGGGUUGGAAGCGUGAUGGCAGUCGACGACUGCAAGAACAGGUUGAUACAAGACCUAUUCUUCGAGGUCGAGAGGCUUCACUCUGCUCUCCUCGACGAAUGCACCAAGCUGGAGAAUGAGAGGUUCCAUUUCAUUCAAGAACUUACUCAAUACAGGACGGAGAUUGCAGAUCUGAGACACAAUCAGGCAAAGCUAAGCUUCGUGUCUAUCCUCGUCGACGGGGACUGUAUGAAUUUCAACGACGCCCUCAUCCAAGAAGGCCACAACGGCGGCCGCAGAGCUGCACGACUGCUACUCCAGUCCGUCGAGCGCUACAUCCGGGACAUUGAUCCUCAAGCCAGCCCCGGCCUGCAGUACAGAGUGUGUAUCUACGCCAACCUGCCCGGUCUCGAGAAAGCCUACCGGGAAGCCAGAGUGCUGUCCUCGUCGGAAACCCUCGACCCAUUCGUCCGGGGUUUCAACAUGGAAGAUAGCCGGUGUGAUUUCAUCGACGCAGGAAACGGCAAAGAAUGCUCCGAUGUCAAGAUCCGAGGCAUGCAACCCCCCAACUUGCCCUCUUCUGCUGCAUCAACCUUCGAGCGCGACAUCCUCGACGUGCACUGCCGCCGUAUCAUAUUCUGUGCUGCCACGGAUAACGGCUACGCCCGCCUCCUCGGCUCCCAUCGAAGGAGCAACCGCAUCACCCUGGUCGAGGGGGCGCCAUUCGCCUGGGAGAUGGAACAGCUAGCCACUGAACUCCAAACAACCGCAUUCCCGGCAGUAUUCCGGGCUGCGAAGCUCCCCGCUCGUGCAUCCUCGUUCAGCGCCGCUGCAACCGCUUCCGCCAACGUUGCCGCUAUUGCUUUACCAACCACCGGCGGCACGCCAUCCCCGUCUCCUCCCCGACGGGACUAUGCUACCAUCGCGAAAGCGAACCUCCAGAUAACCCCCUCGUCUUCCGCCUCCUCCUCGGCCUCCUCUUCUGCCACCACACCCACUUUCCCAACAGCCAACCCAUCAUCCCAGAUAAUCUUCGACAUCUCCCCCUCUUUCUCUUCAACGCCCCCACUCCCAAAAAUCCACUUCAACGCGCAAGACCAACGCAUCGACCCCCCCCUCCGCCGCGCGAGCAGCAAAGAGAACUACGAGCGCCUCCGCGCGGCCAAGCUCUGCAACCGGUACCACCUGCAGGAUGACUGCAGCUACGGCGACGGCUGCACGCACGCGCACGGCCGGCGGCUGACGAGCGCGCAGGACCUCCACGACCUGCGGUGCAUCUCGCGGACGAGCGUCUGCGGCGAGGGGCUGUGGUGCACGAACCGGAAGUGCGUGUGCGGGCACCAGUGUCCGCGGGAGACGUGGCGGGACCAUGAGAUGACGGAGUGUCGGUUCCCGGAGGAGAUGCAUGGGGUGGAUCGGGUGGUUGUGCGGGUUGAAUAGGUUGACUUGAAAGAUAAG